AUAGCAGCUUCCUGGUACCCAGGUUAUAGAACAUAGUCACCAGUCACAGAUCAGCAGAACACUUCACCCACAUUUGCAAGAACUGGAAGACAAGGACUAUUAAAGCUGAGGAUGGCAUACAAACCAGCCCUGUCCACUGCUAAAGGUGGGGAAGUAUAUGUACGGAGUGAAUUCAGAGAUUCCUGCACAAUGUUGCAUGUUCUCCAUGCAAAUCAGUUUGAAGGAGAAAUUUUUGAUCCAGCACUCACUGGGAAGACAGAAGAGAAUUUUUACAGAGGGGCCCCACCUCAGUGGUUAAACUUCUACAUCAGUGAACAGGCAGAGUCCCCUGGGACUGCUUUUAUCAAAAGAGAUGGAUAUGAGAAACUCAGGGAACAAAUUCAGAAAAAGAGAACAUUUCCAGGGAUAUCAGCUGUAAAACUGACACACCAACCAGGAUGUGGGGGAACUACAAUGGCCAUGCAGGUGAUGUGGGAUUUGAGAAAAACCUUCAGGUGUGCUGUUUUAACUGGCUCCACUUCAGACAUGGCAAAAGUUGCAAAAGAGGUUGUCCAACUUUUCACAGCAGGCAGUCGAAACGACCAGAACACUGUGCUGUUGUUAGUGGAUGAAAAGAAAAUCCUGGAAGAUCUUGAAAUCAACAUUAUGAUGACAGUUGCUGAGCAGAAGAUAGUUACUCGUAUGCCUGUAGUCAUUUUCCUCAGCUGUGUGAGAAACAAUGCACCUCAACAGAGUGACCACGUUGUCCUAAAGAACACACUCUCAGACAAUGAGAAGGAAAAAUUUGAUAAGAAAAAGGAAGAGCUUCAAAAGAGGUACAAAGAUAAAUGUGAACAAUUUCAUGGCUUUAACAUAAUGCAAAGUAAUUUCUCUCAGGCCUACGUCAGGAAGGCAUGUGCUGCAUUAGAAAACAGCAAAAAAACAAAUAAACCUCGGAAGACACAGCUUGCUGCCUUCCUGUGCCUGCUGAAUGCCUACAUACCAGGUUCAUAUCUCCUGGAGUCUCAGUGCCUGGACUUCCUCGGACAUGAAGACUACGAUGACCUUUCACUGGAGGAUCAAAUGCAGCCUUUCAGUCAUCUCAUCAUCACAUUCCAAGAAGAUGGAAGAGCUGAGAAAAAGGUCCGCAUGGCUCACACUAUGAUAGCACAAUAUUGUACUGAACUGUUGGCAAAGGCAGGUGUGACCAGAAGUGACACAACAAGAAACUUCUUGAACAGUUUUUGCAGAUAUGCGAUUCCUCUGUGGUUGCUUGGUUUUGUCAAAGAGAUGUUAACCAAAAGAGAAAUGAAAAAAGAAGUGGACCAAGUCAACAGCACAGAAAUGAAACAGGAAAAGUUUUCUAGACUGAUUCUAGACAUUGAAAUGAUGGAGGGGAAAGAGCAGUGUGCAACAGUUUUAGAAGUGGCCUCAAAUACAUUUGGUCAAAAUCCAUUUUUUCCACAAGCUCUUGCUCGUUUUUAUUACAUAAAACUAAAUGACUACAAUCAGGCAGAAAUGUGGGCACAGAGAGCAAUAGAAAGAGAUCCUCAAAAUUCUUUUGUUGCUGACACACUUGGCCAAGUCCAUAAAAACCACCUAAUGAACGAUGAGGUUUCUGAACCAAGAGACAUUUUGAGACUGGCCAAAAAAGCCAUUAAAGCUUUUGAAGAUGAAGAAAAACUUGCUGAAGAUGAAGAUGGACCAGACAUGAAAAAACAUGGCAAUAUAAAAGUUUCACCUUUUUAUAACUCCAGAGGGCAGUUUGGUUACCUGCAGGUCUGCAAAACUCUGUAUGAGAAACUUGUCAGUCAAAAUGAAACCUGGGAAGAAGUUCUCACCAAAAAAGUAUCGAUGGGCUCUGUCCUUGAAUUACUUGGAGACAACAAACUCCAAAGAUUCAAUGAUCUCAUAUUAAGCCUGCAAGAUGACAUUGAGAGAAAAUGCAUUUUUUUGGAAAAAUAUCUGACUUACUCAAAGCCUAACAUGGAGAAAGAUGAUCCUGAAUAUAUAUCUAAAGAUACCUCAGAGUGCUACCAGAAGUAUGUUGGAGACACAACUGCAAAACAACUCAUCCAGAUGUUUCAGGAGGGAAACCUAGAUGAACAGUCUGUGGAAGUGCUGUCAUUUCUUAUCAAACAAUACACUCAAUCAGAGCUCGAAGACAUAUCUACAAAGUGUAGAGAAAUGCAUCCAAGUGCAGAUUCAGAAGCAGCUCUGGUCAACAACAUCCUCACACCAUUUAUAGAGAAAAUGCCAUCGAGCAAGAAAGACCCACCUGAGCUGCACAUGUUCUCCCUCCUCUGGUACUGGGCUGGAAAUCAAGGCCGGUGUGAUUAUGACCUCAGUGAGUUAACUCAGCAAAUGUACAAGUCUUAUGAAAAUACAUAUAAGAAGUACUUUCGAAACAGAUACCUCCUUCCUGUGUUUUUCAUUGGGAAAGGUGAAGGUGUGAAGAGAAUUGUUCACAGAAAUGUUAUUGAGAAACAUCUGAAAGUGAUUGAAGCAGAUUGGAGCGAUAACUGGAAGAAAGAAGAAAUCUUCAGAAAUCCUGAUGUUCAAGAGCUCCUUCUCAGACUUGAUGGAGAAGUAAGAAACUACAAAGUGUAUACAAGAGUUGGUGGCAAAGAGAUUGAGAUGGAUGCCAAUGUGAGAAACAAAAUUUGGAAACCACGCUCAGUUACCUUUUACCUUGGAUUCACCAUCAGAGGUCCCGUGGCCUUUGACAUUCAGAGCAAAACUGCAGACACAGAUCACAGUGUCAUGGAUCUCAGUGGAACAGCCCUGACCAACGAUGUGAAAGACACCAAAGAUAAUGAGGGACAUUAAAGUUUGUGCUCAGUUUCCCCAUGGGAAGGUGAUUCUGAGACUUUUCUUUGUGUUUAUGUGUUUACAUGUAGGGGCAAAAACGAAAGGAAAGGGCUCUGUAAUGUUUAAAACCAAUGCAAAAGAAGUAUGUGUCAUGGUCAUUUUUCCUGCUGCCG